AUGUUGUCAAGAGGUUUCGCCAGGACGCAGAUCCGUCAGUUCUCGCGUACUGUGCACAGUUUGCAAAAACCAGUUCUUCUGGACGCUUCCACUGUGAAGCCUAAUGAGAUUGUCUCUGGAGCACCAGAGGAAUUGACCACAUCCAGAACCGUUAGAAUCUUUAAAGAGGCCAAGCCAGCCACACAGUCCGGACGUCACAACGGAAAGUUCUGGAAGUUGGACUGGGACGUUUUGGGUAAAGAAAACAGAUGGGAGAACGACUUGAUCGGUUACCAGUCCAGUGGUGACUACAUGCAAGGCACCAUCAUGAAGUUUGACACUAAGGAGGCUGCUAUUAGAUUUGCCGAGGGCCAGGGCUGGUCAUACUAUGUCAAGGAGCCAAAGGAGAGACAUUUCCGUAAGAAGGAGUACGCCAUGAACUUCUUCCACUCUCCUGGACCUUUGAAGCACAUCAGAACGAAGUGA